AUGAACAAUCAAAACAGCUUCGGUAGGGCGGUGGGUCUAGCCCUCAGAGGGGCAAUACAACCUCUCAUGAGGCAGAGGGCUGCUAUCAUAGCUCUCGCAGCACUUUUCGUGGCUUUGAAAAACCUGGCCGACUUGCAACAGAUUCAUGUAAAGUUCAUUGAGUUAGAGGGCCGAAUACAAUGGGUUGAACAUAACGAUGAUAUGCUAGCGAAAACGUUUGAGGAUGACGAGUUUGCUGGGGAAGGUGGAAUGGACGCCCAUCAAUAUUACAAAAGUAUAUCUACAGGAGACAUCACAAGCUACAUCAAAACCUCAAAGGAAGUGAAGUUUAUGGCGGAGGAAUGUAUGAAACAAUCUCUGAAAGACAGAAAUUGGCGCCGCGAUUUCGCAUUCUUGAAAACAGGCGGUGAUAUAAUCUCAGGUCUAACAUCAAACACAAUGAAAACCACUCAUAAUCAACAAUUCAGUUCGGUGGGGCCAGAGAUGGCAAUAAGUGGCGAUGCAUCAAGUGGCGCAUGCUGGGCGUUCCCUGGUAGAGCGGGUCAAAUUGCAAUCAGCUUAAGUCGUCGAAUCAAAGUCCAAGCGACUACCAUUGAACAUAUCGGGGCAAAACUGGCACAGAAGGAGAUAACCUUGGCGCCUAAGGACUUUGAGCUCUGGGGCAUAGAAGGAGGCGGAGAAGUUUUGGCCAAGAGACCUCUUAUCAAGGGCUUUUACGACAUCAAUAACGCUUCCACCAUUCAAACAUUUGAAGUGAUAGAAGGCGAUCCCGGUUCCACUUAUCAAAAGGUCCUUUUGAAGAUAUUGUCCAAUCAUGGGAACUCUCAGCACACUUGUCUGUACCGCGUCAGGAUCCAUGGCAAAGAGGUUUGA